AUGGCCUCUUCUGAUAGCGAAGAUUUUAGCCUCUGCGGACCCACACACCUCCUCAAAAAUCUCGAUUGGAAUAACGAAGAUCACCAGCGUUGUGUAGCAGCUAGUUUGGUCCAAGGGAUAUACAUAGUAGAGCGUGACCGUCAGCUAAAACGCGAAGGCUCUGAAGCUCUCGCUUCUCCAUGGUGGGAAUCGUUCAGCUUCAAACUCAUCCGUAACCUUAUAGACGACGCUGACUUCUCCAUCUUCGGCGGCAUUUACGAACACAAACCACCAGAAACCUCCACCACCGACGUCUCUAUAGCUCCUCCGAGGUAUGUCAUAGCCUUUAGAGGAACCUUGACUAAACCGGAUUCGAUCUCCCGUGACAUUGAGUUAGAUAUCCACAUUAUCCGCAACGGCCUCCACCGAACGUCCCGGUUUGAGAUUGCAAUGCAGGCUGUGAGAAGCAUGGCUGGUUCUAGUUCUGGUUCAAGCCUGUGGUUAACAGGACACUCUAUGGGUGCAGCGAUGGCGCUUCUCGCUGGCAAAACGUUGGCGAAGACUGGGAUUCAUUUAAAGUCGUUCUUGUUCAACCCUCCGUUCGUGUCGCCUCCGAUUGAGAGGAUCGGUAACGAAAAGGUUAGGCAAGGGAUUCGAAUCGCCGGGAGCAUUAUCACAGCAGGACUCGCUCUCUCCAGAACCCUCAAACAAACACCGCAGCAGCAACAACAGCAGCUGCGGAUAGAGAACUCUUGUGAGGAUAUGCUGUGUUCUUGGCUUCCUGAGAUCUAUGUGAAUCCAGGGGAUCAUCUGUGCUCGGAGUACAUUGGGUUCUUUGAGCACCGAGGAACAAUGGACAAGUUUGGGUAUGGAGCUGGGAUGGUGGAGAGGAUGGCGAUGCAGCAUUCUUUGGGAGGUUUGCUGAUGGAUGCCAUGGGAGUGAAUAACGCUGUGGAAGUACAAGAACCGGUUCACGUUAUCCCAUCUGCAAAGCUAAUCGUAAACCGGACCACCGCCAGUAACCAAGAUUAUAAGGAAGCUCAUGGGAUACACCAAUGGUGGAAAGAUGACCAAGAUUUGGUUUCCAACAUUUAUUUGUUCACUAAAUAA